CUCGCUUAACUUUUCGGCGAAAAGAGUUGAAAUGGACGCAAAGGAGCAGAGAUGAAGCCCCGAGUCCCUGUUCGUGGGCGGAUUGGUUCCAGCAGGAAUGGGCGUAAACGUCCUAAAAUAACCCUGCCUCGGAAAAGUGAACGCGAUGGCCGCCGUUCUCCCGAUAACGCGACAGAUCGCUCGCUCCGUUCCCGAGCUCCGACGAGCUUCCCACGACCUCUGCCUCUCUGACAUCAACGACUGUCUGAUAUUCGAUCGCCACGGUGUCUGUAAACCCUUCAGCAGCUUGUUUCAACGCAACAAGGCGAUCGUUAUAUUCGUGAGGAACUUCUUGUGCUACGCCUGCAAAGAAUACGUGGAGGAUCUGGGCAAAGUACCUGCGCAGCUGCUGCAGGACUCGAAUGCCAGGCUGGUGGUGAUUGGACAGUCGUCCUGGUGUCACAUAGAGGCCUUCUGCUCCCUGACAGGCUACUCUCACGAAAUAUAUGUCGAUCCGGAGAGACGGAUUUACAAAAAGCUUGGAAUGAGAAGAGGAGAGACGUACAUGGAGACACCUUCCAGCAGUCCCCAUGUGAAGUCCGGCCUGCUCGUGGGGAGCCUGAGGAGCACGUGGCGCGCCAUGACCAGCCCUGUGUUUGACUUCCAGGGAGAUCCCCUGCAGCAAGGAGGAGCUCUGAUCGUAGGCCCAGGUCCGGAGGUUCAUUUCGCCCACUUUGACAUGAACCGGCUGGACCACACGCCCAUCAACCGGUUGCUUCAGUCGGCGGGCCUCCAGACGCUGGACUUCAGCGAUUCGCCCAAAAUCAUGGACGUCUGAAGGAAAGAGCAGCCGAUGCUUGUAGCUGUAAUAAUGCAAUGCUGGUCUUUGUUUGAACUCUAUAAUGGCUCAAUAUUGCUUUUGUAUAUAGUGUUGUUUUUAUAUAAUAUUUAUGUUUGAUAGGAACAAGCCAUUCCACUCUUAGGGCCCUUGAUUAUGUAUUAUUUUACACCCAUUGCAUAAUAAAUACAUACGUGUAAAUAUACAAUAUAUAUGUGUGUAUAUAACAAAAAUACAUUAUCACACGGAGUAAAAACAGUAAAAACUUG